GUGCUGAUUGUUAGAGAGAGAUCCCAGCUGGGUUGGGCGGUGUUAAGACCUCCUGUGAGGCUCACACAGCUGCUGCUGCAUGGAAAAGCAGAGAACCGACUGGAAGCUGCUGUUCAUUGAUUCAUUUCAGCUAAGGCUAGGUCCUCAUCAGCCUGCAUGACCACCACUGUUAGCUAGCGAUUCCUCCAGCUGGUUAACCAUCACGGUGGCUUUCAGACUAAUUAACAUGGCACCCUUGGAGCUCCAGAGGGGGCUUCCCAGGAUGUGAAAGCCUGCCUGUGCUGUGAUAACCAGCGGGGAAACUCACCAUCAUUAGCGGUGCAGCGGACGCGGUGGCUUCGCAAUAAGGUAAGACUAGCUAAUAAAACAGCCCGGCUAUCUACUUUUAACUAGUAAUGAUUCAAUAAAUGUCCCAUUAAUAUUGAAAAUAUUUUGAUGAUACCUUCUUUAACCUUCUUUGAAUCGUGCCGGCUUUAAAGGUCCAACCGAGGACCAUGAUAGACAAUGUUAGCUCAUGUUAGCAGCUAACUGUUUACCCUAGCUGGCUAAUCUUGGUGAUGCUAAUACUGAGGCAGCUGAGCUAACAUUGAUGGAAGAGCAUCCCAACCUGGCUAUUAUGUGGAUAUUUAGGCCUUUUUAAAUAAAAGAACAGUUAAUGUAAACUAGUUUAACAAAAAAAUAACACACAAACAUAUAAAUGAUAAGAAAAAUGGGUUUAUUAAUACUCCUACUGUGCCCCAUGAAAUGCUGAACACCAUAAUUCAUAAUAAUAAUGUCUCAAGUGAUGCAUAACAGGUAAAGCUUUUCAGGAAGUUUAACUCAAUUUAAUGAUUGCCAGUUACUGUAUUACUAGUCUUAUGAGUGUCUUAAUCAGCCAUCUAAGCUACUCUGAAAUAUUCCAGUGGAGAGACUGAUGUGACCCUGGAUGGGGUUCAUUUCCUGUCUGUCAGCUAGGGCUGGGCGAUAUGGAAAACAGUUUAUCGCGAUAUGUUUUUCCUCAUGUCCGUUGAUAUUGAUAUAUACCCCGUUAGUGCUGGGCGAUAUGGAAAAAAAUGUAUAUCACGAUAUGGAUCAUUUUAUAUCACGAUAACGAUAUAUAUCACGAUAUAGCUAUGGUAUGCUUUCAGUUCUAUGAAAAAUUUAAGUGUAUACAGCUGCACUAGUACAGUACCAGUACAAGACCAGCACUUAAAACUAGAAAAAUGAAUAAAUAAAUACGUGGCUGAAGUGCGUUCAUGUCUGUGCUCACCCAAAGUUAUGCAACACUCACAGAAAACGCCAAUAGUGUGAGCCAAAGCACUCCAUAAUAAUAAUAAUAAUAAUAAUAAUAAUAAUAAUAAUAAUAAUAAAUUUAAUUUGUAAUGCACUUUACAUUUACAAAAAAAUCUCAAAGUGCUACAGUACACAGUAAAAAAAGAGCAGCAACAAUAAAAAAAGCAAUAGAAUGACAGUCACAAAUUGGCAUAACAAAAAAAAGAUUAAAAAAAAAUAAAAAAUAUAGAGUUGCAAUGUAAGAGGCAAGGUAGUAAAAGCAUAAAGCAUAGAGGAAAACUAACCAAAGGCUUUAUUAAAAAGGUAGGUCUUUAGGGCUCUUUUGAAGAGGUUGUUCACACUGCUGGAUGUUUCUCCUCCAAAGCUGCUCUCUGCCUCCAUCAUUGUUUACUUUACUCUUGAAGCACGUAGGAAGACCCGAGCAUGAAUCCGAGCGCUUUAUUCGCCCAUCAGGGGCAGACAGGUAAGGUGAUUUGAUUCGCCACGACUCCAGAAAUGAUUGAAAAACUACAGAAUGUCACAAAAUUACGUUUCCUCGCUGCUGGCUUGAAGGGUACAAAUGCGCAGCCGCGCUCCCAGCUGACAGGAAGUCAAACCAUUGUUGUAGUUCUUUUGUGUUGCUAGCGCGGUCAAGAGUGUUGGCUCUCACUGAGAGAUGACUACAAAAAUGGACGCACCUGUUCAUCUGGUUGUUUAACACGGCUGAAAAUGAUCAUCUUUUAAUGUUGUUCCCGCUCCUGCCCACUCCCGUUGCUUUUUUCUCGUCCCGUCCCGAUCAAGGGAUUAAUUAAAAAAUGACUCCCAUCCCGUGGGAUUCCCGCGGGAAUCACGUGACCCACGGGAAUUCCCGAAAAAUGUCAUCCCGGGGAGGUCCCGGAGCAGAUGAAACAGGUGCCGGAACGGCUGAAAUAGGUCCCGGAUCCGAUCAAAAGAGGUCCCGGAUCGCGCUCCGACUUGCUCCGGCACAAAUUAAGCACUGCUUACAGUGAUCCCCUCACGUGUGUAACUCAGGUAACCCGCAACGGCGGGAGACGCUGGACACAAAGAGGGCACGUAAAGCGGCGUCAUGUCGCAAAAUCGAAAGAGAAAUGCAAGCCUACAUGUCAACGCAUCCUUUUCUAUGUAAGAAAAUAUUGUUUUCUUUCCCGUUCGACACCAAAUACACUUAAUGAAUGUGCAAUUAUUGUUGUUGCUACUGUGAAUCAUCUGAUGGCACAAGCCCUAUGGAUAAAAUACAGCCUAUCGCCCGAAACGAUAAAAAUAAAAAUGGCACGAUAGACAUUUUCUAUCGUGCCCACGAUAUCUAUCGUCCUAUCGCCCAGCACUAUACCCCGUUAUAAAAAAAGAAAUUAAACAGUGCUUAUUGGUGGCAUGUCUUAAGAAGCGACUGCAUCUGUGAGGUCUUCAUGUCUCUUUCUACGUUUUAUCAUAAGGCGUUGCUCAUUCAGCUGCACGGGAACCAUGGGCUCCUUGCUCCGCCCGGGGUUUGUAACCUUUUGCAUUGCGCUUUGCCUGGCACUGCUUCAAUGGUAAAAAAGAUUUGAGGUAUUCCCUGACUUUGCGAGAACAUGUACUCAACAUAAUUUGCAGUGUACAUUACUCUGCUUCAUGUCCGACCUCAAAAAAACAAAAUACCUCCACAGCACAGACCUUUUUCGUGCCAGUGUUGUCGACGAUGUCAUCAUCUGUUGAGCCUUCAUCUACCGUUCUGCCGGGGGUAGCACUUAUUUUCUGUUUUUCUCAUCAACAGUGCAACUCCCCUUUUCAUUGGCUUCGUAUAGUUUUCGUAUAGUUUACCGAAACAUGGCAGAACUAUCGAAAAGCAUGUUGACCAUGUUUUAUAUAGAUCUUAAGGGAAAUUAUUUUUCGAUAUAUAUUGUUAUCGUUUUAUCGCCCAGCCCUACUGUCAGCUAGUUUUAUUUUCAGUUAUUCGUGGAAAUGCCUCCUCCUCAUAUGUUCCUUAUUCUUGUGGGGUCCCCUAAAGUCCCCUUGUAUUCACUGUGUGCUUCCCCCAGGGCAAAUCCUGCAUAUGCACUGUACAGACUUUGAUUGCUAUGCAGAUGAUACUCAGUGCUAUACUCUUUAAAAGCUUGGCUCCACUGAUGUUUCUGAUAUUAUGGUCUGUCUGCUGAUAUGAAGAAUUGGAUGUUUAAACAUUUUUUUAAGCCGAAUGGCUCCAAAUCCAAAGUUGCCAUUACUUACUGUAAACUGUACCCCUUUUUCUAGCUACUCUGGUAAUCUGCCCUCCAGGCUGGUUGUUCAAUCUAAUAAUGUAUAAAGGCCUUUCCUGUCCCCAGCCUACUUUCAGAAAGUCAUCCAUGUGUUUAUUUUUCCAGACUUGAAUAUUGUAAUGCACUUUAUUUCAGCAUUAGCAAAUGCAAUAUCCAAUCUUACUUAUCAUUGUUUUUGUUAUUCGGUAAAAUUGUUUAACUGAUUUUUGCCUUUUUAUUGCUGUUAUCUGCCUUGUUCUAAGGCUGUUUGAUGUAAUUGUUAUUCGUUAGGUAUUUCAUUAUAUCUUUUAGAAAGAUGCUGUGUAAAUAAAUUCAUUAUAAUUAUUAUUGUGCUUGUGUUUACUUUGAAGGAUAAUGUGGUGGGCCUGGCCAUUCCUGCCUGCCCUGGUGCUUUUCUCAGAGCUCUCUGUGGUGAGAGUUCAGACCGCACCAUGCCAGACCUGCCGAAAACUCACCGAGAGUUUCAUCAAGGUAGUAGAGUUAACCAGGUUUCCUACUGUGAGACAAGUUAUUAUGUAGAGCUGAAUCUAAGGUUUUUCUUUAAAUACUUGCAGGGCUUGGAGAAAACGGCAAACAAGAACUUUGGGGGAGGUAACACUGCUUGGGAGGAAGAAAAGUUGGCCAAGUAUGCACGCAGGUAAGAGGAUUUAAAAAAAUACACUCAAUUGAGCUGAGUGAAAAAUGGUGAAGUGCAAUUACUGCUUGGUUUGGUACUUUAAAAAUUUGUAAGUUAAUGCAUAUUGUAAAUGUUCACCAGUUUCUGAAGCUCCUCCUUGAACAUGUGUGCAAAGCUACUAUAUGAAUAAUUAUGUAAGAGUCUAUUUUAAAUGAUACAGUCCACUCAGGGGAGUGAAACCACAGUGCACCAGAACAAGAUUCCAGCCUAUCUUAGGUGGGCUGUGGGGGUGGGACGGUCUCUCUUUUUUAGUGCUUUUUAAAUAUCUAAUGGCUGCUUCUCUUUACAGUGAAACUCGGCUCCUUGAGAUUGUAGAAGCUGCUUGUGAGAAAACAGAUUUUGAAUGUAACAGACUGCUGGAGCAGAUUGAGGAUCAAGUGGAGACAUGGUGGUUCCACAGGUAGUUGUGAUACCCUGUUUAUAAAGAAGUUUUAAUCAUCCUAAGACUGAUACUGUAUUGGCCAAAGCUGCUGUUUAAUGUUUUGCUAAUGUGUGCGUAUGCGUCCUUGUAUGUUCUGUAGGCAGCAAGAAGCCCCAGACUUGUUUGAGUGGCUGUGCAUAGAGCAGCUGAGACUCUGUUGUCCACCUGGACACUUCGGACCUGACUGCAAAGGUAUGAAAAACAUGCAACAUUAAAAAGACGCUUCCCCGGGAGAUGUAAUAAAGAUGUUGUUAUUGCUAACUCAGAGCACUGUUUUUGAACAGUUUGAGUAAAUUAAUGACUUAUUUAUCCAACACAGAGUGUCCAUCUGGCCCUGGUGGUGUGUGUGGAGGUCUGGGCCGCUGUGAAGGAGAGGGGACACGCCUUGGAGAUGGAGAGUGCGUCUGUGAUCCCGGGUACUCAGGAAGCCUGUGUCAGAGCUGUGCUGAUGGAUACUACAGAGAGAAAAGCUCCAAUGUUAGCGCAGGAGCCUGUGCAGGUGCAUGUUUAACCUUCUACAGGUUUCAGAACUUCUCUCUAGUAAUCAAAAACUGAUCUCGUCACCAUCUUUCGUUUGUCAUCCUAGCUUGCUAUCACUCAUGCAAGAAAUGCUCAGGGCCUCAGGACUACAAAUGCCUUGACUGCAAACCCGGCUGGAUCCUCCAUGACAACAAGUGCGUGGGUGAGUGUGACUUCAGAGGUCAUAUGGUAACAUGUCACUGACUCCGUUCCAGUUUCUGGUUUCUUGUCUUGUCCUUUUUUUUUCAUCUGUUUUCUUGACUGAACCUGUCUGUUUUUCAGACAUUGACGAGUGCGGCACUGAGCUGGCCCGGUGUGCCUCCAACACCUACUGUCACAACACUGAUGGUUCAUAUGAAUGCAGAGGUAGGCUCUCUGUUGCUGCUGCUGCUGUUUGAAUGCUGAUGCCAGAUUAAUACCCAGACCAGUCUUCAGAAUGUUUUGAUUUUAUAACAGGUUAUAACUCACUUUCUUUUCCUUGUAUCCAGGCUGUGAUCAGGCAUGUGUCGGCUGCAUGGGAAGUGGUCCUGCCCGCUGUAAGAAAUGUGCACGCGGGUACAAAUUGAAAGGAGCGAAGUGUCUUGGUAAGACUGCACCACUAAUCAGCUGAACUUCUCUGCAACACUUCUGCACCUUUCUCUGAUUUUCUUUUUCCUCACUCGCUCCCACAGAUGUAGAUGAAUGUAGCGAACGUGCAAUAGCAUGCCCGGGUCUCAAUGAAGCCUGUAUCAAUGAGGAGGGCUCCUUCCACUGUGACUGUGCUGAAGGAUUCAUCCGAAGAGAUAGCAUUUGUGUGGAGAAUAAGCCUCCUGGUUAGUAUUUCUCAAAGGGAUUACACAAAUAUAUGUGACUCAGACCUAUCAUUUAAGUCUGUUUUCCUCUACCUCCUCAGUUGAUCCAGAAAAAGGUCUAUUUGAUGACAUGACAGACGACGAGGUCCUUGUCCUGCAACAGAUGUUCUUCGGCGUUGUUAUCUGUGCCCUUGCUACGUUAGCUGCAAAAGGUGAUAUGGUUUUCACAGCCAUUUUUAUCGGCGGUGUGGCUGCAAUGGCAGGAUACUGGCUGACAGAAAAGGGAGACUAUAUGCUUGAUGGAUUUCUAAAAGGACGCUAGGUCAUCAUGGGUCACAGUUUUGGGAAAAGACGUCCAAAAACCAGCCUCUCAAAAGGGCAAGAACAUAUUCCUACAAUGCUAGAUUUUCAGGGAUUUGUGGGGGGGGAUUGGGGAGUUACUUGAAAGGGCUUUGGCUCAUUUGUGUUUUAGGAUAAUGCUGGAAAAGUGAGAACUUGAAGGCUAUAAAGCCAUGAAGAGGAAUAUCAAAGCACCACUGCACUGAUGUAAAGAAACUGAACUGAAUACCCUACCUCAACUUUGUUGGGCACAAAGGGUGACAUGAAGACCAUCACUGAUUGUUAAAACUUAUUAUGCAUUUUGAUGUCUCUUUUGGCGCUGAUGUUGAAGAAUGAUGUCAUUUCCUGACACACAAUCAAAAACUACAGUCAUCGUGUCCAUCAGGUUUUUUUGUUGUAUCACUGUUUUGAGGCAAAUGCCAUGGACUGACAGGUGUUGGCUGUGUGAGGUUACUGAGAGACCUAAGCUUCUAACAAGGGGCAUAGGAACAGAUAAGGGAACUUCGAUCAUAACUCUGGGAUGUUCUUGUUUUGACACACUGGUUAUUCAUGAUCACUGAAUAAGUUAUUACCUCCCAACUUACUGAAUGAUUCUUUUUAGUAAUAAUGCAUGGAAAUAGGAUUUGAAAUUAAAGGUACUAUACGAUAUGUAUUUAUUUACCGUCUUUGGCAUGAAACCACUUUGACCACAUCAUGAUUUUGUGAGGGAAUGUGCUAAGGUCAAUACCAGCUUUUAUCUGAUGAUUGCAGCUAUUUUCUGUUGCCUAUAAUUUAUUUUGAAAGCAAUAUUUAUUGGAAAGAUGUUGGAUCAUAUUUUCUGUUAUUUGUUGUGGACUGUCAUGCAUUUUUUUUAAUUGGUUUUAAUCUCAUUUUGGCAUAUAUCGUAGCAUCAUGUCAUGGAGGCACCGCUUAGCUGUCUGUCUUUUUUUUUCCUUGUCAGGAGAUUUUUCUGCAUAUUCAACAGACAAUAUAAAUGUUUGCUUUGCAAUAAAAAGUCUGACACAUUGA